AUGCUGUCUCUUCGGUCGAAUUUGCAUGGCGACGGGUUGUUGCUUAUGAUGGAGAUGCAAAAGGGUCACAAUGAGGCCAUGGACGUCCUUCGAAGUCGUGUGAGGUCUUUGGAGCAGGAGAUCGAAUCGAACAAGGAGGAUAUGAGCGCAAUCUUGCAGAUCAAGGAUCAGCUGCGGACAAGAAGCCAGGAAUGUCUGGAGCUGAGCACAGCGUUCGAAGAGAUCGAGAAGGAGAAUGUGGAAAGUCUCGCCAUCGCAGCCCAGGCGAAGCAGGCGAGAGAAGAUGCGGAGCGGCAGCUUGCGGAGGAGAUCAAGAGGCACACAGUGGAGAAGAACGAGCUGGUCCGCCAGCUGAAACAGGAAGAGAGCAAGGGAGAGGAGGGAGGAGCAAGUAACGUGCAAGCGAGGAUUCUGCUCAGCCAUAACAGUCAGGACGAGAGCGCUACAGCGUUCGAGCUGGUGGCAGUUCUCUCGAGCCUCGAGGAGCGCUGCAAGGCGAGUGACUCUGCUCUCAGCUCUCCUUCUUCCCUGACCCCAGCUGGUCCAGAGCUUGUCUCUUGA